AUGUCAACCACGCCAGGAGUUUCCUUUAGAAAGGACAAGACGAAGACAUUUAUUCCGCUCGAGAACAAUCCAGAAGUUUUCACCAAACUCAUUCACAACCUGGGGGUGUCCGAGAAGCUCGCUUUUUACGAUGUCUAUAGCGUUGAUGAGCCUGAGCUGCUUGCCAUGAUCCCUCGUCCAGUUCAUGCUCUGGUCUUCAUUACUCCUGCACCUAUGUGGGCACGCGUUCGUGAGAACGACCCUGGUUCAAAGGAGCUGACUUACGAUGGCUCCGGUCCAGACGAGCCAGUUGUGUGGUACAGACAGACUAUAGGUCACGCUUGCGGUCUCAUCGCUCUCCUUCACAGCGUGAGCAACGGCACGGCCAAGAGCUUCAUCAACACAGACUCGAUCCUCGAUAAGAUUCUUAAGGAAACACAAGAUCUCAAGCCUCUUCAACGCGCCAACUAUCUCUACAACUCGACAGAGUUGGAGAAGGCUCACAUGGCUGCUGCAGUGACAGGUGACACUAUAGCCCCUGCGAGCGAAGAGCCCAUCGGAUAUCACUUUAUUAGCUUCGUGAAGUCACAGCAAGAUGGUCAUUUAUACGAUCUGGAAGGAGGUUGGGGUGGCCCGGUUGAUUGUGGCACAUUGGACGAUGGUGAUGAUCUUCUCAGCGAUAAGGCAUUGGAGGCUACUGUCAAGAGAUUUACCAAGGUUGCUGAGGGUAAUCUUGAGUUCAGUAUUAUCGCGCUGGCAACAGUACCAGAUGGCGUCUGA